CAACAACUUCGAUACUCUCUCUACCUUGCAAUCUCUUAUCACUUCAUACCCGAACAGAUCGCACUCGCAGCACUCCGUAGUCUUAGAUUGAAUACUCUCAGCCAUUGGCUGGUCGCUAUGGCUGCCUGAAGCACGGGUCGACACCCAAAGGACCCCUCCCGAUAUCGCCAUGAUGCUUUCCCGUUCGAACUCGACAAUGUCAUCCUCGACCAAUACGUCUACCACCGCCGGACCUGGAGCUGGCCUUUCCCGACCUCGCAAGCGAGCAGAUCAUAUCCCUUCCCUCACGCUUCCGGAGCUAUCGCCCGUCCCGCUGAACGACCUGGAGGCAGUAGACAAGAUGUUGAUGAGGUGCGAUGAGGCCGAAUUGGAGGGGGUCGUCGAUAGGGAACGCAGGAGGUGGGAAGCGAUUCCAGAGGAGCUUUUCGCCAGGCCUGUUUCUUCCGGUCCGUCUAGUCCUGGGAAACGAAACCGGAUUCGUAGUACAGCUUCCUUCCUCCAUCUCGCCCAUACCUCCGCUCGCUCUUUACAAGAGUACGAUACCCUCUACGCCGACCACAGCGGUCCCGCUCGCAAUCGACCUAUCGACCAUACCCGUUCCAUCUCCCGCAUCAAUGUCGGCCCCAAUAUCGUGCGUCAAACAGAUGAUGCUUGGAGGUUGAUAGCGAAGCACAAGCGUCUCCCCAAUACCGACCAGGAGAUGCAUCACUGGAUUAUGGAGGACGAUAGGCGUACUGCGAGGAAGAACAGGUCGAGAACGGCGCUGGGAGGUUAUAAGCGGCAUGACAUUAGGGGGAUCAAGAGGACCUUGACUGAGGGAGAGGGCUCGGGAUUGAAGUUGAAUUUGCCGGAAGGUCCGGCAGGCUUGUCGCUAGGAGGUUCAGGGAUGGCUUCGUCGGCUUCGGCAACGUUCACGUUCUCGUCGACCUCGACGUCGACAUCGACGGAUACGGGAUCAGGAUCGGCCGGUGGUUCGGUCGCUGUAGCGAAGGAGAUGCGCGAUGAAGGAACAUCGCGAUACUUUACGUCGAACGAGGCGGGACCCUCUACAUCCACUCCCAACGCAAAAGAAGCCCAAGAGAUCGACCCGGAUCGAACAGUCACCGCAGUCAAGCUCGUCACCGCGCCCGUUCCCGUCCCCGCUUCCUCUCAGUCGCAGCGAUCAAGCGCCUCUCAGCGCAAGAGACCAAAUAGUCAGACGAACCGCUUGGGAUUCGUCGCCACGAAACCCUCGAGCCAGGAGAUUGCCCAACCUCCGGUGAAGAACAAGAAUUCCUGGAACAACGCGAGGGCCAGCCUGCUCGCGGAGAAGCGCAGAAGGCUGUCGGAUCACCAGAAGGAAGAAGAGGCGAAGAGGGCGUCUGCGGAAGGGUCGGGGUCAGGAUCAAACAAGCUUGACAUGGCACGACCGAGCAGUAACGCUGGUACGGCUGCGAACACGAUCCGGGCGGAGGAGCGUUCGGCUCGACCGACUUGGGCUGUCGUUAACAAGAGUCCGGCGAGUAGUGAGACCGAGGAUGAAUCUGAUGACGAGGGUGGGGCGGGAAUGGCGAGCAUGGCGAUAGUCAAGCAGAGGAUGGGGAAGCCGAGGUUGUUGGAGGAGGCGUUUCGAAGGACGAAAGCGGUUGCGGUGCAGGAGAUGGAGGUGGACGAGCUCGGAUCGUCAUCGUUACCGUCGGCGGCACCUCCGCCUCGUAAAGGUCAGGUCGCUGCCAUGCAAGAGGAGUACGACGAGCUCGCUUCUUCGCUGAAUCUACCCUUGCCGUCAAACACCGUCGAGAUCUCGUUCGAAGAUAUCCUGACUUCAACUCCUCGCAAGAUCCAACCCGUGCGGCAUCAAUCCUCUCCCGCAAGCAAGAGCUUCCACCAAAUGUCUCAAGAGGCCGAGCCCGAAGACGACACGGAUGAGGAUGUCGACAUGGACCUUCAGAACAUGCUCGACGCGCCCUCGGCUUAUCGGCGACACCUCUUCAACCCUCCUGACUACAAUACCCCGCCAGCAUCGCAAACACAACUACGCUCGGAUGGGAAAGGGAUGUCUCGCGCGACUAGCUGGGCUACAAACGAGAUGGGUAGUCCGAGGAGUUCUCAGAGGAUGUCUACGCAGCGGGUGAAUGUCAUGGUCGGAAAAAAGGGGCAAGAGGCGGUGGACCUCUUGCUCGGGGAUUUGCAGAAUCAAUUCUGAUCGGCGGCGACGGUUGGAUGUGAGGGUUCGUGGUGACGGAAGUUAGGAGUUUCUGGAACCGAUCAUCUUCGAAAGAGAAGCGCUGGCUUGAUGACUCUUACGCAGCGAAUGUGGAUGUCUUUGACAAAAUGUCUUUGUGGACUGCUGACGGCUAUGUCGUCUA